UAUUAUUAUUAUUAUUAUUAUUAUUAUUAUUAUUUUGCCACGUCAUUUAUUCACUCUCUCUUAUUCCUACUUUAUGUAUCCGUUUCGACCUAGACAGCAGCUCGCCUAUGGUGGACAUUCGGCUCUAUCUAAACGUGUCACUGUCUGGUUGAAAAUUUUAUGCUACCACCGAAUACGAAUACUGAAGCAGUUUUUCUGAAACCACGUGCACCAUUCAAACUGGCUGCCUUCAACGUUCGCACACUUAUGCAGGUCGGACAACAGAUAGGUCUGGCUAUGUCUUUGGAAAGUCUUAGUAUUGAUGUGUGUUGUCUAUCAGAGACCCGUAUUCAAGACUCUGGUGAAGUACUACAAGUUCGCUGUCCAUCUGUCACUUCAAAAAGCUAACUUUCGGCACAGUCAUCGCCGAUGUGCCACCUGGCGUCCCCCUUCUGCAUCUCAAGCAUGGAUACAGAUUGAUCAUAUUGCAAUCAGCUACCGCUGGCGUGGUUGUGUACAAGACUGCCGCUCCUUUUGGAGUACCUAUCUGGAAUCUGAUCAUGCCCUGAUCUGCGCCAAACUUACCUUACUUUUCAGUGGACAACGAAGUGACCGCCACCAAAGAAUUGAUGUUAGCAAGCUGGUUGCAACUUCUGUUGCUACUCCGAAUCAGUUUAAAUAUGUCAACCCCAAGAACAUAUGAAUCAAUGAAGAAACUACUUGAAUGUGCUAAAUUGGAUAUCUCUUUCACAUCAAACAUAUUUCAGUCAGUGAAAUUUGACUAUCCAUUAUUAUCCGAAGAGUACAAAUUGAUUGAAGUGCCAAAUUGGUUAGCCGAUGAAGUGAUGCAUGAAAGAGUGGACCAAGCUAUAAUUUUAAAAGGUGAACAUAAAUCUAAUAAUACAGGGCGUGUAUUUGCUUGCAUAAGUGACAAAACUUUUUCAGUUAUAGAAGCAAAAACGUCUAAUACGCUCCUUUUAGCUUCUAGUUGGUGGUUGCCUUCAUCCGAUGGGCCUAAAGAGAAUUUAGUACUUGUUACACCAAUUCAAGCUGUCAAAAAUAAUUACUUUGAACUUCAGCAAUGUUCAGCUCCAUCUUUAAAACAACUGAGGCUUUUGUUAUCUCCAUCUCUCUAUUAUGGUCCUGUUGAUGAUGAAGGUGAUUCAGAGAAUAAAAGCUCUAGUCUGAGCUAUUUUGAUCGUGAUGCUGUUGAAACCCGACUGCCAUGCAGUAAGCUAGAGCUUAAUGAGGCGUUUCGACGAUUGCAUGUAUGUGAAAUCAAUGGAUACUUACGAAUGCUUGAUUAUGAAUACAUGACACAGGUAGUUAGAGAUCUUUUUGCCCUUGCUGAUGAAAAUGCAUGGGACUGGCGCAAACAUGGCUUCCCUUUGCAUGCCUCAAUAGAAGGCUUGGCAAAUCAGCACCUUCCAAAUAUUACCAAGCAAAUUAUGAUGUUAAUUUGCUCUCAGCUAGAAAAUCGAAAAGCACUUGAUUCUAAAGAUGUAUACGUUUACCCGCGGAAUUCGAAAGUUUGUCAAAUAGUUGGGGAACAUCUACUAUCAGUUAUUAGCAGCUUUGACCUAAAUGACUUCUUAACACUAUGGAAAGCAUCAGUUCCCAACGGACUGCGACCGAAGCUUCGUCGUCAUUUAACUUGCGCUGGACGUGCAUAUUGUGAAAUAACACCCUUACCUACAAAUGGUACAAGUGUAAAACUGGAAGGUAAUGAUAUCCGUUCUCGAUUUCGAUGUAUUUCCCUGUUACGUUCUGAGGACUUACCUGAUGAGAGUGUUGAGGCGCGUCUUAAUGCAUUAUUUGAGAGGUGUUCUAUGUGGCCCGAACCAGAAAUAGGUAGUUUCCUAACAGAAUUGUUACCCCCACAACCUCCCAGGAAAAAGUCUUCCUCUAAACACUUAGUCCCAGAAAAAGGAUCUCAAGUAGAUACGUUUUCUGACGUUUCGUAUGCUGAUUCUGAUUCAGACUUCAGUUAUGAAGAUUAUUGUACAGAGUCUACUGAAACUGUUUCAGCACUGGAAGAUGUACCCUUACCAACGCCACCUGCUGUUUGCUCACUUCUAAACAAAUUCUGUCGUGUUAAUAAUAGUUCAGUCGGACGUGUAUUAACUCAACGACAUUCGAAGUAG